AUGGACCUAUUAGCAGAUAUUGAGAUGCUUGACUAUAAACCAGCGGAUACAGCUAUUGUUGAGAAUCAUAAACUUGGAGUUUAUGUGGAUCAAGUCCCAACUAACAAAGAAAGAUACCAAAUGUUGGUUGGGAGAUCGAUCUAUUUAUCACUGUCACGCCCUAAUAUUGACUAUGUCAUAAGUGUUGCUAGCCAAUUUAUGCAUUCACUUAGUAAGGAUCAUAUGGUUGAUGUGAUGCAUAUUUUGAAUGCUGCUACAAAGCUUCAAUGUGAUAGCGAGUCUGCAUUUGAAAUUGCUAACAAUCUAAUGCAACAUGAUCGAACUAAGCAUGUAGAAAUUGAUCGACAUUUCAUUAAGGGGAAGCUGGAGCAUAAGUCAAUUUAUAUACCUUUUGUGCCUUCUUCAGAGCAACUUGCAGAUAUAUUGACCCAUGCUAUGUCAAAGCGUCGAUUUGAAGACCCACUUAACAAGCUGGGCUUGGGAUGCGUAUUGAUGCAACAUGAUUGGGUGAUUGCUUAUGCCUCGAGGCAACUCAAGAAGCACGAGCAGAAUUACCCUACCCAUGACUUGGAGCUUGCUCCAGUGGAGUUCAGCACGAGACAAAGGCAUUGGCUAGAUUUGAUUAAGGACUAUGAUUGUACGAUCAAGAAGUCUACUGGAAGCCUAGCUCAUCUUCAAAUAGCUUAUCUACCAUUACUGGUGAAACUGCGGAAAGAUAGAGUAGAAUUGGGAAUGAGCCAACAGGGUGGACUACUUCCUAGUUUGCAUGUGAGGCCUAUUCUGGUUGAAAGGGUGACUGCAGCCCAAUUGGAGGAUCCUGCACUGUGUAUGAUAAGACUAGAAGUAGAGAAUGGUACACGGACGGAUUAUGCAGAGAGAGAAGACGGAGCCUUAGUAAUUGGAACUCAUCUCUAUGUACCCAAGAACGAAGACUUAAAGAGAGAAAUCAUGGAGGAGGAAUGCCGUACACACACCAAUACAAAAGAGUCGGGCAACAGUGAUGAGAAGAAAAUGCUCUUCCAUGGUCCAGUAAAGUGUUGA